AUGGGGUUUUCGGGGCGCGUCAUUGUUCUACCGGAGGGCUACAGAGAACUUCAGCCGCACGAGAUUUUCGUUGACCAGCACGAGGCGCAGUGGCACGAAGAAACAGGGGCUUUGACCCAAAGGGGCUCUUUCGAAGGAGUCGCCAGCAGCGCAAAGUCCUUCAGCAACUUCCGCAUUAACUGUCUCUUUGUGGGGGGCGCUCAAGAAAGAGACACGGGCUUGCCCCUCUACACGCGGCUCGACGACGUGGCCUAUGAAAACGCGGACGCAAGCCCCUUCGCCUCCCCUUGUCGAGGAAGUCCUUGUGCGCUGCUGGGGGGGGCCCCGGGCUUUUUCGAGCUUGUUCAGGAGUGCCACCGCGAGGGCAUGAAAGUUGUCGUUGAUGUAUCCACUCGGGUUUCUGCUUCUCAUCCCCACCGGCACUAUUUGCCGCUGAUGCUGCUGCAUGAGGAUGCGGAGGGCAAAGCCAACUACUUGUAUGGAGGCGAGACAAGAGGCAUCAGACGCGGGGAAACAGCGCUUCUGAACUACCGCAAGGUGGCGAGCUGGAAUCGGUUUGUCCUGGACGUGCUGGCUUGGAUCAAGAAGUUCGGCAUUGAUGGAGUGAAGCUCCUCGAUAGCGCCACAGCCCCAGAAGUCCUUCUGCCAAACAGCAGGGCUUUGAGUCGCAGAGACGCAGACGGGGAAGCAGCCUAUUCUCCUGAGGACAUUAUAACUGGCCAGGUGGUGGUGCCCGGCACUCAAAACAAAACAGGGUAUUGGAGCUUGGCGAAGUCGGCGCGUUUCUACCCCAAUCCAUUUUUCGUCAAGCUGUGCCGGAGCGUCUGGGCGGAGUGCCCGGACUUUUUGGUUUUCGCUGAAGCAGCAAACCCUUUUGGCGAGGGUUCAGGGAAUCUCCCCAACUUGCCCCCUGAUGCCACUGCAGGACUUCUCUCUCGCAGCGGUUUGCUGCCGGUGGUGCAGCAGGUGGCUUCUUUGGUGCCUCCUCUCCUCAAUGGGCAUGGCUCUGUGGCUUCUCUCUUCAAGACGCUCUGUAAACAAAACGCGGCGAUGCCGCCGGGAGGAGCUGUCCUGCAGCUGUCCUGCGGGCCGGCGUCUCCCCUGCCGUUGUUGUCUUACAAAAGGGCAGCAUGGGUCUUUCAAGAUCUUCUGUGUUUUCUGCCGGACUCCUUCGUGACCGUCGCUGGAGAGCUGGAAGGAAUGAUUUUCAGAAUGGGGGUCCCAAACUUCUUCAGUCCGAAUGAGCGAU